AUGAAUUCUUAAACAAAAUUGAAUGCCUUCCAUUCCUUAAGGGGUACUUUCGCUAAAAAUUUGGAUUAUAGUUUUGAAUAUCCAAGGAUGGUCCAUGAUAGACUAAUAUAUUUGCAUCAACUAAGAAGUACAUAAAUUUGAGGAUUCUUAUUUAGAUUUUCAUGAGUUCAAUCUAAGCAAAGUUUUUUGA